AUGGCGCUGAGGAGAAUCAUCAAGGAGCUCAAGGACCUGCAGAGGGAUCCACCCACGUCCUGCAGCGCAGGGCCUGUGUCUGACGACAUGUUCCACUGGCAAGCGACCAUCAUAGGCCCCAGUGACAGCCCCUACUCGGGGGGCGUCUUCCUGGUCACCAUCCAUUUCCCUCCAGACUACCCUUUCAAGCCUCCCAAGGUGGCGUUCAAGACGAAGGUGUUCCACCCGAACAUCAACAGCAACGGGAACAUCUGCCUGGACAUCCUCAAGGAGCAGUGGAGCCCGGCCCUGACGGUCUCCAAGGUGCUGCUCUCCGUCUGCUCGCUGCUCACCGACCCCAACCCGGACGACCCGCUCGUCCCGGAGAUCGCCCACAUGUGCAAGACCGACCGACUCAGGUACGAGUCCACCGCCAGGGGAUGGACGCACAAGUACGCCAUGGGAUGA